AUGGCCUCUUCUCAGGGUCGAGUCUCGCCAUUUCCCCGCAAGAACAAUGCACACUGGUUUGACGAAGACAUUGACGACGAUGAACGACCUGUCUCUCCCGCACCCUCCGACCGAAACCAGCAAAAGUCGGGCACUCACUACCUUCGUUUCUUCCCCGAGCUUUCCACUCAUUUCACCCUGACAUCCCCGUCAAACGAAACCUCCCAAGCAAUGCAGUUUCCUCGCACCGGAUCCCCUUUGGUGAACAGUCAUGAAGCCCGCUACCCUUCUGAAUCCACUCGACAAACUUCGUCUUCGUUGUCAUCGAGCGAACUUUUCGACCAUGGCUCUUCAUGUUACAGUCGCCGAUCCUCCAUCACGAGUCAUAACUCCGAUCCCGGCAGAUUUGGCUCCAAAUCGGUGGAAAACGUCUCGCUUCUCUCACCUGCAGCUGCUGGUGUAUUCGAUGAUGCGGCGUCAGCACGCCAUAUCCCCCCCAGCCCGUUGAAGAAAAAGCCCACAUUGGCGGAGUUGAAGGACAAGCCUCUACCCUUGGAGCCCAUCAUUCAAUUAGCUCCCUUGUCGGUUCGUCGCAGCCCUCGAGGGCAACCUGGAGCUGGGGAUGGCCCGAAUGAGCACGGCGGUCCGGCCGAUCAGGUGCGGACUGGAAAGCAAAAGCGCGGACAUCAUCCAACGCUUUCUCAGGCAGCGGACGACCUGGAGAGUGCUCUUUCUGGGUUUGCAGAACAGCCCGCUCGGUCGCCCAAUUCCUACAAGCUGUUGGACGAGCCUUUACAGAUCAGCCGUGGAAACAUGGACAUGAUCCCUACUCGACGAGCGCCUCCGCCUCCCAUCGAUGUGCAACGAAGUGAACAGUUGCGCGUUGCAAAAUCACGCGAAGACUUAAAGCCGAAGAAAACCCCGAAAAACAAGAUGCCUUUCACUUUUAACUUGCCUAGUUUUGGCAAGAAGUCCAACAAACCCGACUCACGCUCGCCAAGCAGCUGCGGCAUGAGGCCCGAGAAUGAGAUCCAGCCGGUGCGUGAGGUAGACAUGUCGGGUCCAAAGGAGCUGGAGUACAAAUUCGAACCGAGAGAAAGGUAUGACUCGAUGGAGCUUCCGGUCUUCAUGGAAUUCGAACAUCCGCCACGGCCCUCGUUUGAACCUAGUGAACGUGAACUGCGUUUGCAACUUCCUCGCCUUCAGACCAACGAAAUUUGUGAAGAUCAGAGGGCUCCCAGUCGAGCGGGAACCACCCCAAUCGGUACUACUCCUAUAGGCACCACUCCUAUUGGCACUACUCCUGUCGGUACUACCCCUGUCGGCAGUAUGAGCCCGGGUGGUCCAGUCAUCAUCUUUGAAAAGGAUCAGGAUGAUGUUCGCGAGGAAAAAAUCUUUAUCUCGUCGAGCAAAGACACGAGUACCGAUGACAAUGCACCAUGUGAACCCGAGCCACUCAUGCUUCCAAGCAUGGUCUUUGAGCUUGACGGUGACUUUCCAGAGCCAAAAUUAGACCUUACUUUCUCAGUCCAAAGAGAAUCCCUCGGAACCAUACCUUCUCACCUGCCUGACAAGAUAGUUCUUUUGAUAAUGGAACAUGCGUGCUCCCUCGAUGAUCUGUUCCACCUGGCAGUGAUUGACAAACAGUUUUACCGUGUUUUCAAAUAUUACGAGCUACGUCUAAUGAAAAACACCGUUCUCACAGUCUCGCCUCCAGCGUGGGAACUCCGCGAAAUGAGCCCGGCGUGGGAUUGCGAGUGGCAACUUCUAGUCGACCCCGAUGCGCCGGUUCCCGAAUAUACUCCUUUUCUUUAUCUUCAACGCUACGCGCAAGAUAUUUUUACGCUUGCGCAACUCAAGUCGCUCAUUCUGGCACAAUGCGAUGCUUUUCUUCGUCCAGAAACAAAAAGUGGCCUCCUCGGUGUAGAUGAGGCCCGGGCGUUGGCGGUCGACGAUGCUUUUUGGCGUAUAUGGACUUUUUGUCGCAUUUUCGGUUGUGGCAAAAACAGAGAAGGCGAUAUUACGGGCCAAAUGGACUGGCUAGAUGGAGGGAUUGCAGCCGUGGGUAGACGCAAGUCCUCGUCAAUGUCCGUUACCGAGCCCUUCGGCAUGGACAAUGUUCUAUUUGAUCCUCCGGAUGGAUUUGGCCACGGUAACAAAGGCGGCCUAUCCCGUGAUCAGCUGUACGAUAUGACGGAGCUGUGGACUUGUCUCGGUGUGUUGCUUCAACCACUCCAUGGCAUGUGUCGCGAGGCACGGGAAGCUGGAAUAUUCGAAGGCCACGACGCUCCGGAGGAAGACCCUUUGAAAGAGGAAGUGGCAUUAGAAGAAUGGACUUAUUUCAUCCUCUCGCUUGGCCCGUCAGCAGUUCUGAAUGUCGGAUUGGCUUGUUUCACGGACAGUGCCGCGGCGACAUUUCAAAGAGCUCGAUCGCUUGGGUUGACAAAAUGGGAGGAGGCCGAAUCAGGUGUCAGUCGCUUCAGCUUUUUGAAGGAGGCCGUUUCGAGAGGCUAUAGGCCACGAGAAAGCACUCCUCCGCGGGGAGUAUCGCGGUCAUCCAAUGGCAGCUCGAAUGGCUCCCAAGGCCAUGCUUCACAAAAAAGCACUGAUUCCAACGGGAGUGCCUCUCAGGUCCCCAAUCACCGUCGAAGACAAGUAGUGUACGCGGAGCAGCUUCGAAACCAGAAAAAGGAACCACAAGGUCUCAGCGUCCAUCCCAACACAAACGAACGUCCAAUUUCAAACUAUGGUGCCAUAAUGCACCACCUAGAAGGUCACCCACAUGAACGCCGAUCACCAUCACCUGCCCCGCCUGCAACGGCAUCUCAGGUUCCUUCUCACAGCGCACCGCACACACAGCGUCUCCGGGUUCCCUCGCCAUCUGCUCCUUCCUAUCAGCCGCAGGUCCGCGAUCCUGUUGACAAAGCCAUUGCCAUGAUGGUUGGGGAUCUCGGUUAUCAUGAGGAAGAUGCUAAAUGGGCAUUGAAAGUCACCGAUACGGGCGAAGGAAUCGACGUCAACGCUGCAGUCACGCUGCUAAUGAGAGAACAUCAGAACUUCACCUUAAGCAGAGACCCGUCUCUGCGGACCCAGUCCAACAGCCUUUUCUCGUCAGUAAUCACCAGUCGAGAAUCCGUGAACACUGGGUGGAGAUGGGUCUAA